GGUGUUUAUCAGCUUUUGAUGCAUUUUUACCUAGUAUCGAUAUGAGGUAAAGAGUACUGGGGAAAGUUGCCUCAAGUAAUAGAAGUUUUUUUUUUUUUUCAUCGUAUGCCUCGAGUAAAGGAAGCCUACCAUAGACAUAAUCAUAGAGUGCUAGCAAUGCCUUAUCAAUUUAGUCCACUUUCAAUAGUAAGUUCUUAUAAAGACUAUCUAAAUCAACAUUGCGUAUUGAAGGCGAUAGAUUAGUUUCAAUUUCCUUUUUUUGGUGUGAUGAUGUUAAGCUGUCUAUCACUUUGAAAACUGAUAGAAGGCUGUGUUCUUCUCCUUCAUGAUCUAUAGGUUUGACAAUGGUCAAUUGUAUCUAUCAUCCACCAGCCAGACUGUACCUGAAUCAGAAAAAAAAAAGAAAGCUAUACGCGUUAAAGUGUGUGUGUAGGCAUGUAGCAAUGUCCGAAACACACAACAGACAACUCCUUCUUUUUUUAUAUAUCUUUUUUAUUCUUUAUUUUAUCAUGUCUGGAGGUGCAGCACUUCAAAAAGACAGAAACUAUAUUGCUGUUAUUGGUGAUGAGGAUUCUGUCACAGGUCUUUUAUUAGCAGGCAUUGGUCAUGUCAACCAACAACAAAAGCGUAACUUCUUGGUGGUUGAUGCCAAAACACCUUUGGGUACUAUUGAAGAUGCUUUUAUUGAAUAUACAAAACGUAAAGAUAUUGCUAUUAUUCUUAUCAAUCAACACGUUGCUGAAGAUAUCCGAGAAUUAGUAGACAGUCAUAAUGCAGCUUUUCCUGCUGUGCUUGAAAUACCCUCCAAAGAUCAUCCUUAUGAUCCUGAAAAGGACAGUGUCUUGAAGCGUGUCAGAAGAUUAUUUGGAGAGUAAAGAAUUGUUUAUUUUUUUUUUUCAAUAACGAUGGGCCCAAUAAGAAGCAGAAGCAAUAGCCGUAUCUUGUUUGUCUCUUUCCAACUAAGAAUAAAAGUAAAUAUAUAUAUAUAUAUACACACUUGUUUUUUUUUUUUUACCUCAAGUU